AUGAGCUGCACGGUUGAGUUGCAUUAUAUCCCUAGAGUUAAUGUUAAUGAAGAGAUUAAAAGUCUCUAAGAAUCAGAUGUUUAACAACGUAUCGAGUAAAAUAUUUAAAUUGAUUAAGCUGCGGAAAAUGAAAAAUAAAAAACCAAUGCCUCUGAAUAAAACAAUGCAGAAAUAAGAAUUGAAAUUGAUCCUAUUGAGAAUCAACAAAACCAAGACUAGGUACUAGAAUAGCCAUAGCUUAAAUAGGAAAAGUGCAUUUCCAUAGAAACUGAACCUUAGAAUGUGGUGACUGAAAUGGCUAGCUUACCUUUUUAAAACAUAACUAAAUAAACACAGAAAGAAUUCGAGGAUUUAGUUGAUUAUGAUAAAAGCUCAAAUGCUAAAAGCAAGUAUUUAGUAUUUCGUGAAAUAAAUAUAAACACUUAGUAAAUUCAAGAAACAAGCUCUAAGAUAAAGAAGUCAAGCAACCUUUAAGGUUUGACUUUUUCUAAUUUCAGUGAUUUUAAACUCGCCCAAAAAAAGGCUAUGCUGAAAUCUGUUUUAGAAAGCAUUGAUACUACUUAAGUAGCUUAACCUGAGUAAUUAAAGAGGGAGUUUGUUAAUUCCGAUUACUACAGAGCCAUAGAAAUUUUUUCAAACAAGUUUUAAAAUCUAUACAGAUGGAAUAUCUUUUUGCUGAUAUUCCAAAAUCUAUUGAUUCAAGCUGCAUUUGUUAUCGGAUUUGUUAAAUAUUAUAGCCGCGAUAGCAGUAAAGAUUAAUUAAUCGAACUUAUUAUUAUUCUUUGUAUUGCAUUGAGCGUAGUUACUGAACUAUUCUUAAUUUACCGCAGUAAAUAUUUUUUAUAGAAGGAGGGAAAUGACUAUCUAUUUAUAAUAGCUGCACUUGUUUAAGCAUUUGCAGGUAUAGUAGCAGUAUCAUUUGAAAUGAAUGAAUCUUCGGCCUAAAUAGCAACUUUAGCUUAUCUUCUUUAUCUCUUAUCUUAUAUGUUCUACAUCCUUUUCUUAAUUGUCAGAAUUCUUCCAAGAUUCGAAUUUUUGAAAGAUACCUUCUUUAAUUUCAUCUACACAGAACCAUAACCUUAAAAAAGAAAUUGA